GAGUAUUCCGAAUGAUUCUGUCAAAAUGGCAACAACAAGGUGCUUUGGACGACUGCUCCGGCAAUUUACUAAAGUUCCACGUCCCUUGCGAAAUUUCAGAAGCAUACAUUCAGCUGCUGUUUUGAGAACUUCAGAAAAUGAUCGACCUAAUUUUCCUGGGUCUAGAUCAAAAUUUAUGCACAAAUGUGAGUUCCUUGUCCCAGAAAAUGAAGAGGGCAUCCCUGUCUACAGAGUAAUGCAAAAUGGAGAAAUCAUUGCAGAAUCAGAGGAUCCAAAACUGGAUAAAGACACCAUUGUGAAGAUGUACAAAGAUAUGACAUUGUUGAACACAAUGGAUCACAUUCUGUAUGAAUCACAAAGACAAGGAAGAAUUUCAUUUUAUAUGACAAAUUAUGGAGAAGAAGGAACUCACAUGGGAUCAGCCGCAGCUCUCGACCCCAAAGACUUGGUGUUUGGACAGUACAGAGAGGCAGGUGUGUUGAUGUGGAGGGGGUUUACAUUGGACCAAUUCAUGGAUCAGUGCUAUGGUAACAUGCUUGAUAAGGGCAAAGGUCGUCAGAUGCCAGUACAUUAUGGUUCCCGUGAUCUUAGUUUUGUUACAAUUUCGUCUCCAUUGGCAACUCAGAUGCCACAAGCUGCAGGAGCUGCCUACGCUUUGAAGCGUGCCAAGACUGGGUUGUGUGUGAUUUGUUACUUUGGUGAAGGAGCUGCUUCUGAGGGUGAUGCCCAUGCAGCGCUCAACUUUGCUGCAACACUAGACUGCCCUGUGAUCUUUUUCUGUCGGAACAAUGGAUAUGCCAUCUCUACCCCUGUGGAGGACCAGUAUAGAGGAGAUGGAAUAGCAUCUCGUGGAACUGGUUAUGGUAUGACGACAAUCAGAGUGGAUGGAAAUGAUGUGUUUGCUGUGUACAAUGCCACCAAGGCUGCCAGAGAGAUCUGUAUAAAUGAAAAUAAACCUGUUCUCAUAGAGGCCAUGACAUAUAGGGUUGGUCACCAUAGUACCUCUGAUGAUAGCUCCAUGUACCGCCAGCUUAACGAAGUUCAGUCAUUUGAUGUACAAAGUCCAAUCCUUCGACUGCGACAGUAUCUCGACAAACAGGGCUGGUGGGAUGAUAACCAGGAAAACCAGUGGAAAGAACAGUCCAAAAAAGAUAUAAUGGAAGCAUUUGCCAGAGCAGAAAAAAGGAAACGGCCAAAUCCAGAGUUUUUGUUCACCGAUGUUUAUGAUGAUGUACCCCUUCACUUACAAAAACAAAUGGACGACAUGAAAAAACAUGUGGCAAAAUACCCACAACAUUAUCCAACAGAUGCUCAUGAUAAAAUGAGUUCAUGAUUUUGAGAUUGUAUUUUAAUGUUUGGUGUCAGCCUUGAGACUCUCCAGUGCUGAAACUUUCUGUUGCAUUCAUUGUAAGCUAGGAAGCAGGACUCCAAAGCAGCACUAAUAAACUCGAGAUUUAAUUAUUUAUACCAGAGACUAUACAUACUCAUAACCAGUUAAAUGGAGAAUUUAAUAUAGAUCUGAUGUGUAAGGAUAUAACAUGGAGAAUUAAAUGUGUGAGGAUAGAAAUACAA